CAGAUCCAGCAACGUCGCAGUGCGUUCGGUCGGAGAAAGUUGCCUCUUUCGCGAAGUUCGUUUGAAUACAAUCGGUCUGUCGGAGUCGGAGUCUCCGGGCUCCAUUUCGAGAGAAGUAUCAGAGACACAAGCGUCGUUGGCCAAUCCAAAGCUCUGCACCUCGAAACCCUAGCUGACCUGUCUGGUUCCAUUUAUUCAGUUUUGGGUUCGGGCCCACUAAUAAUAACAGUAAUGGGCUCUGCAUCUCGAAGCCCAUUACAGUUUCUUCUCCUUUCACUUCCUUCUUCUUCGUCAUUCUCUUUCUGCAUUUUACAGUCGGUAGUGUCGUCGACAAAUGCCUUGACAGUUCUCCGAGCGUUUCUGAUUUUGUCUUCUCUCCUGAGCAGACAUCGUGUCUCCACUAAACUUAACAGGUGAUGGACAGAAUCAGUGGACUAUCCGAUGAGUUACUGGCCAGGAUACUAACCUUUGUUCCGACAAAAGUUUCUGUCUCCACCAGCAUUUUAUCUAAACGAUGGGAGUUUCUUUGGACGUGGGUGCCUAAACUCGAGUUCGUGGAUAACAAGUAUGGAUCAGACCUUGCAAUUAGGGAUUUUAUCAACAAGAAUCUUCCAUUACUCAAACCUCCGGUCAUAGAGAGCUUCCUCCUCAAAUGUUAUUCAUCAUUUUUUCAACCUGAGGAUAUCACUCAGUGGGUUGCAACUACGGUUUCUCGCUGCAUCGUUGAGCUAGAUAUCGACUGUGUAUACUGUUGGUCGGGAGAACCUUGUUUGUUAUUGCCGGGCAGCUUGUUUACGUGCGAAUCGCUAGUGACUUUGAAACUCAACGGCGAGAUGAUUCUGUUGGAUGUUCCUCGGACUGUUUAUCUCCCUUCGUUGAAAACUCUGCAUCUUGGAUGUGUUACUUACUCAAAAGAAGAUACUUUCCGACUGCUUUUGUCCUACUGCCCUGUUCUUGAAGAUCUGGUUAUUCAGCGAAGUGGUCGUGACAAAGCGAAAGCGAUAGUUGUGAUCAGCCCGUCCCUGCAGAUGCUGACCUUACAGUUAGAUGGUGGAACUUCUUCGACUGAUGAGUUUGUUAUAGUAACCCCUUCUUUGAAGUAUCUCAAUAUUGAGGAUUACAAUGCGAGGUACUCUUACUUGGUCGCUCAUAUGCCUAAGGUUGAAGAGGCAGAUAUAGUUGUUGAUGAGUAUCUUGAGAUGGUCUUUGAAUCAAUCACAUCUGUCAAACGCCGUUCGCUUUGCGUCUUAUUCGACUUUGAAGAGAGGUAUAUGUAUCAUGAUGGUAUAUUCUUUGGUCAGCUUGAACAUCUGAAGUUAGGUAUAAGCUUUGAUUAUUGGUCCAAGUUGCUUUUCCGGUUGCUCCGGGAUGCUCCUAAGCUGCGAGUCCUCGAACUCUACGUCUAUGUAAGUUUCUUCCUUUUGACUAAUUUUCUAUACUCUUUGUUGUAGUGUUCAUGUAUAGUUCUCUCUUUCUUUUUCUUUUUUUUUUUGUUUAACUCCGAGUGGUGGACGUUUCAAUAAGUAUGAGCCGAUUAGCUAGAACAAUGACCCGAGUGCUGUUCCUACAUGUUUGUUGGAGAGCCUUGAAACUUUCGAGUUUGCAGACUACAGGGGAAGGCAAGAAGAGAGAGACUUCGUGAGUUUUAUCAUCAAACACGCUUGUCACUUGAAGUCCUCGACGAUUACGCCUUCUACCAUAAUGGAAACUUGUUCCUCAACAGAUAGUUGUUGCAUUUGACGAUUAUGGACUGGUAGGCUUGUUUUGUUUUGUUGUCCAAGAACAGUUAGGUGCUUAUCAUGUGUUGAUUCUACACUAGUGUCUUUUUAAUGUUUUUUUAAGUGGUAUUAUCUUCGGUUUGGUUA